AUGCUGCGGGCCCCGGGCUCCGACGCGCCCCCGACCCUGAGCGUCCGGAUCGCCGCGGCGGCGGGGGCGGCCUGCCUGGCGGACCUGCUCACCUUCCCGCUCGACACCGCCAAAGUGCGGCUGCAGAUCCAAGGGGAAGGCCAGGGCCAGCCCCCCAGGGCCCCCAGGUACCGCGGCGUCCUGGGCACGGUGGCCACCCUGGCAAGAACCGAGGGGCUGCAGAAGCUGUACAGCGGGCUGCCCGCGGGCCUCCAGAGGCAGGUGGGCUUCGCGUCCCUCCGGAUCGGCCUGUACGACAGCGUCCGGGAGUGGCUCAGCCCGGGCCAGGGAGCAGCAGCUAGUUUAGGAAGCAGGAUCUCCGCUGGUGUAAUGACGGGAGGAGCAGCAGUGUUCAUAGGGCAACCCACUGAGGUCGUGAAGGUGAGACUUCAAGCACAGAGCCAUCUGCAUGGCCGCAAACCUCGGUACACCGGCACUUACAAUGCCUACAGAAUCAUAGCCACCACGGAGGGCCUGACGGGCCUUUGGAAAGGGACUACUCCCAACCUGAUGAGAAAUGUCAUCAUCAAUUGUACGGAGCUAGUCACGUAUGACCUAAUGAAGGAGGCCCUUGUGAAAAACCAUCUACUAGCAGACGACCUACCCUGCCACUUCCUAUCAGCUCUUGUUGCUGGAUUUUGCACAACCGUUCUCUCCUCUCCGGUGGAUGUGGUAAAAACCAGAUUUGUUAAUUCUGUACCAGAACAGUACACAAGUGUGCCCAACUGUGCAAUGACAAUGCUCACCAAGGAAGGACCAUUGGCUUUUUUCAAAGGAUUUGUACCUUCCUUCUUGAGACUCGGAUCCUGGAACGUCAUUAUGUUUGUGUGCUUUGAACAGCUGAAGCGAGAACUGAUGAAGUCAGGGCGGACCGUGGACUGUGCCACAUAA